AUGGUAGAUAAACUUGGACUAACUAAAUCUGCUCAUCCAUUUCCUUAUCAUGUUUCUUGGCUUACUAAGGGGCAGCAAACCCUUGUGACUAAUCAAACCAUGUUUGAGUUCUCUUUAGGUGAUUUUAAGGACAAAGUUUUAUGUGAUAUUGUAGAGAUGGAUGCUUGCCAUCUUCUACAAGGGAGGCCAUGGCAAUAUGACAUGGAUGCCACUUAUAGUUGUAGGAAGAACACCUACACCAUUGUAAAAGAUGGAGUCACCUAUACCAUGAAACCAUUGCCUGACACUAAGGCAGAGAAAGAACCCACAGUCAUAGUAAUUGGUGAGAAAGAGAUGGUAAAAACAUUGAAAGAGUCUCAAGAAGAGAGUUUUGUUUUGGUUGUGAAACCCAAGGACAAAGAUGAAUCUGAUCCUAUAGUACCUAUUCCUAAUGUUGUGAAAGGUUUGCUUGACAAGUACAAGGAAGUCAACACAAGUGAGUUGCCCUAUACCCUCCCACCCUUGAGAGAUGUUUGCCAUCAAAUUGAUUUGAUUCUUGGUGCAUUAUUGCCCAACAAGGCACCAUACAAGAUGACACCCAAUCAGAAUGCUAAGAUCUCAAGACAAGUUCAUGAGAUGUUAGCCCUUGUGCCGUACCAAUAG